AUGAUCAAAUCUGUAGGACAAAGGGACUAUUCAAUUCAAGAGGUCAUGCAUCAUUUACUCUCUCUUAAGUGUGUAAGUGCUACUUAUGAAGUAAUAAAUGCAUCUCUAGAUGGCUCAAGAAGAAUUCAAAUUGUAAGAGAUAAGGAAUAUUGUACUGCCCCAUCCAUGCUCGAUAUAUAUGCUGAGCGAAGGAAAUACAUGAAAACAUUUCCAAGUAUACUAGAAUGCAACUUUGUACAGUUUACAUCUACAUAUAUUAAUAAAGGUUCAAAACUAGAGAAAAGAAAACGACCAGUAAUUGUUAAAACAUAUCCAAACUAUUCAUCAAAUCCUCAAAAUCAGCAUUAUGGGCUUUUUGUAAAUAUCAACUACUUAAGUAUAAACCUUGGGAGCAUACACCAGAUGAUGCCUGGAGUAAUGCUGAACACUGUAAUGAAACAUUCAAAACAUGUUGGAUGA